CGCCGUCAUAGGCGCUGCUGUUGCCUCCUCUGCGUUUCGGGCCAAAAGAAACCACUUCGUUACCGUGUCUAUCUGUUGCCCAUCGUCGGCACCGGACCGCGAAUAAAUAGCACGGGAAACAAAAUCUAACAGAAAAACAACACUAGCAAAAAUUAAAAAAGAAAAAAACGAACCGAAUUAUCAAAAGAGAAGAAGAGAAAUCCGCGAAAGAAAGAGCCAACGAACCGAAAAAAAAAAAAAUACAUUGAAAAUCUGAAUCUGAAUGAAAGAACUUUUUGGACAAGUCGUCGCGACUCUCCCUCGACGACGGUGCUAAUGUGCAAAGUUUUGUGUUUUCAUCAGCAGGAAAAACGGAAAAGCGGGAAAAACAACGCAAGAAUUUACGGAAAAUUAUUUAAAAAGUGUGUGCAAAUAGACGGAGCCGACGAGCACGACGACAAGGGGGCAGCCCCCUCUGGAGAUUUAACGGUAAAGCGAGCGGCAGGAAAAUAACAGUAAAAGCAAGCAGCAGCAUCAGAAGAGGAGGAGGAGAGACAGCAAGCAGUAGCAAUGCCGUUUGUGACACCCCGGGCGGGGACAAGCAGUGCAAACAACAGUGCGGGACGCACCACAUUCCGCCCGCCGUGGGUGAAGGAGGACGCCGCCUCAGCCUCCAGUGCCACAGCCACAAAGCCCACGACCACGCCCUGGGCUAAGAAGACAGCGGCAGCCGCUGCCGCUGCCGCCAAGGAGAAUGGUGACAAAUCCGCUCCAUCUGCGGCCACAGCGACAGCCAACAGCAAGGCCAAGGCGGCUCCGGCCGUGACGACCGCGAAGAAGACGACGACAACCCCCGCGGAGACGGCUAAAAAAGUGCCUGAGCCCGUCAAGAAAUCCUCAGCGACGACGACAGCAGCAGCAAGCAAGAAAAAUGCGAAUGCGGAGCCCGUGAACAGCAAGAAGGCCCCGGAGCCAGUCAAGAAGGUGGCUCCCACUGCGGUGACCAAGAAGCCAGCGGCAACGAAGAAGAAGGAGCCAACGCCACCGCCCGAGUCCUCUUCGGAGGAGGAGGAGGAGAGCGAGGAGGAGGAGGAGGAGACUGAAGAGGAGACCGAAUCCGAGGAAGAGGAGACCGAGGAAGAGACCGAAUCCGAGGAGGAGGACGACGAUGACGACACCACGGUGGACGAGAAGGUGCCCGAGCACGUGAAGAAGGCCGCCCAGCUGCGUCCGACGACCGUCAACAAGAAGCCGGAGCCGGAAAGUGAGUUGAAACAGCGUUUCACUAUAGAGAAACCCAAGUUGCGGAGCGUAGCGGUGGUCAAGCGGGACAAGUCGAUGAAGAAGGUGCCCGCCGAGGCAGAGGACGAGGAGGCCGAGGAGGGGGAGACGGAGGAGGAGCGCGAGCGCCGGCUGCGCUUCAAGUUAGAGAAGCCGAAGCUGCGGCACGUGAAGCGCGAGGAGAAGCCACUGCCCAGCAAGAGCACCGACGACCUGGCCAAGAUCCGGCCAGUGCUCAAGAAGGUACCGAAGAUCGAUGAGCUCCUCAAGGAGCCCAAGGAGGAGCCCAAGCCCGAGUUCAAGACCAAGACCCUGCGGAAAGCCCCCUCCAUAAAGCGCGAGCAGAGCAUCAAGAAUGUUCCCGCCCCACCGCCACUGCCCUCGCUGGUGCCCAAGGCCCCGCCACCACCGCCCCCGCCACUGGCCCCCGGCGAGAAGCGAGUGCUCUCCAGCACGCAGAAGGAGAACCUCGACAAGCUGAGAACACGGCCCAGAAGGCGCCCGGACUGGUCCGAGAUGAUGAAGGAGGUGGAGAGUGGCAAGAAGCUGCGCCAUGUGGCGUGCAACGAUAGAUCUCAGCCCAUACUGACAUGCAAGUCGAUAACCAAGGUGGACGAAAAAUUCAUCUACGAGACGGAGAAGGACAACUCGCACAACAAGCUGCUGCAGCAGAUCCAGGGCGGCAUCAAGCUGAAGCCCACACGGACCAACGAUCGCAGCAAGCCCGUGCUGGAUGGCCUCCGCAAGUUCCGCCGCCAGAUGACCAUCGAGGAGCAGCUCCAAAAGUCCCAAUCGAAGGUCAACAUGCUCUGCGAGGCCCCCAGCAGCCAUGCCCUGGGACCGAACAGUGCCAGCGCCCUGGGGUCGGGCAGAUCGCGGGCCAGCAUCGCCUCCGCAAUGUCCAUCGAUGAAGAGAGUCCCGACGAGCUGGACGACAUCGACAAGAUCCGCGACGACCUGCAGAGCACAAAGCAGAUGCUGGCCCUCGAGCUGCGCAACCGGGAAGCCCAGGAGCGCGAGAACAAGAAGCUGCUGGCCAAGAUUCGCACUCUGGAGACGGAGCUGGAGCGGGAGAAGUCGCGCGAGAAGAAUCUCGAGUACGGCUCCAAUGUCAUCGUGGCCACCAUGGACCCCACGCCCACCGCCGAGCAGACGUACGUGAAUUCGCUGAAGAGCGAGGUGGAGGAUGCCCGAAAGGUGUCCAAGGAGGUGGAGAAGAACUACCAGAGCACCAGCGAGCUGCUGGUGGAGGCCAAGACGGAGAUCGAGGAGCAGCGGCGACAGAUCCAGCUCCUCGAACGGAAGCUAGCAGCGGCUCUCCAGGGCUGUGCGACACCAAGCACUAACAGACCGCACACUAGUAAAUGCUUUGCUUACGACGACGACGACGACGACGAUGACGACUACUACGACCACUACUAUGCCGGCAAGCACGCGCCGCACCAGGGUGGCGGAAUGCUCGACGGGUCAAGGCGGUCGAGCGAUGCAAAUUUCGGGCGCGACAGCUCGCCAGAGCUGGAUCUGGAGGUGAGCGAAAGCGAUCCGGACGAGCCCGAGGAGAAGAAGACGGAGCGCAGGGAGAAGCGUGUGGGCAAGGAGCUGAAGGUCCUGCGCAGCAAGCUCACGAAGGUGAAGGUCAAGGAGGAGGCGGCCAAGAAGGAGAAGGAUGUGCUCAAGCAGGCCAUGAAGAAGAACCAGGUGAUCCUCAAGGAGGAGAACAAGAAGUUCAAGAAGCUGGAGAAGGAGGUGCAGAAGAUGGCCGCCUCGAUGAAGCUGGACGAGGACGAUGUCGAUGGCGAGGACAAGGAGGAUGAAGAGGAGGCCGAGGAGGAGCACGAGAGCGAGGAGGAGGAAGAGUCCGACGAUGAAUCCGAGGAAUCCGAAUCGGGCGAGAGCGAGGCGGAGACGGGCAGCGAGUCCGAACCAGAGGACGCGUCCAACUCCGCGAAGAAGGCGAACGUGGAGCCGCGUUUGAAAAAGCACGAGAGUCGCUUCGCGGCGAUGAAGAAAUGCAACGUGCUGCUGCAGGCGAACGUCGACAAUUUGCAGGACCAAAUUGUGCAGGUGCGCCACCGGGCCACCAAUCUGCAGGACGAGCUGGACGCGGUGAUUGCGGAUCUGGGCUUCUAGGGCGGUGGUCCACACCAACCACGGCGAAUGUACAAUGUGUGUUUCUGUUUUCUUUUCUGUUUGCUUGUUUUGUUCCUUCCUUUUUAGCCCUUUUUUUAACCAGUGUGAUUUUUGUAUUGUCAACGUUAGUUGAUUAUCGACUAUCGACUUAUCGAUAAGAUAUACGGUCUGACCCUCAGAAAUAUACCGAAAUACAUCACAUAUUUCAAAAUAUACCGUAAA